AUGGCAGAUGGUAGUGUGAGUCUCGUAGUUAACCUCAGCCGUAUUACCUCCUGUCGCCCCACCAAGAAAGACGGUUCGGUCUACUUUCACUUUCGUUUUCGUUGUUCACUCUUUCAUUGUAUUCGUCUGAUUGAUCGUUCUUCCUUCCCUCCUUCUUUUCUUUCAUUUUCUUACUUCUUUUUUGUUGGACUUGAAAUUUCUUUUUUUUCUUCUUCUUUCUUUCUCUCUUUCUUUCUUUCUUUUUUACUUUUUCCUUACUUUCUAUUUUUUUAUUUUUUCUUUAUUUCUUUCUUUCUUUAUCCUUCCUUUCUUUUUUUUCUUUCUUUCUUUCUGUUUUCAUCUCUGAUUUUUCAUUUCUUUUCUCUCAUUUUUCUAUUCAUUUAUUUAUUCAUUGCUUUACAUUAUUUUAGGUUGAGUUUAGUAAAUACCUAUAAACAACAUUUGAUUUCUUUCUUUCUUUCAUUUCUUUCUUUCUUUUGUCUUCUUUCCUUCAGUUCUUUCUUAUUUUCGGCAUCUCCUUUUUUCUUUCUUUUCCCUCAUCUUUCUAUUCAUUUAUUUUUCAUUGUAUUACAUUGUUUUUACGUUGAGCUUCGUAAAUACCUAUAUAAAAAUACCUUUCUUCCUUCCGUUUUCUUCCCUUUCUUUCUUUUUUUCUUUCUUCCUUCAUUUCGUUCUUUAUUUCUGUUUUUCAUUCAUUUUCUCUCAUCUUUCUAUAUUUUUUCAAUAAAAUGGCAUUUACAAAAAAUAUUUCUGCGUCAACCUAAUAUCUAUCUAUCUAUCUAUCUAUCUAUCUUUAUUUGUAUUUAUCUAUCUCAGUUGAUUCUUAUCUAUCUUUGCAUAUUCUUGCCUAUCUCAUUUUCAUAUUUAUUUAUAGUUUUCUAUCUAUCUAUGUAUCUAUGUAUCUAUCUAUCUAUCUAUCUAUCUCUCUCUCUCUCUCUCUCUCUCUCUAUAUCUUUUCAUCGCCGUCGUCUCUCUCGCCCUCUCUCUCUCUCCCUAUCUCACUUUCUCGCUCUCUCUCUCUCUCUCUCUCAUUCUCUCGCUCCAGCCUUUCUCUCUCACUCACCUUCUCAUACACAUUCUCACUCGCUCACUGACAUCUCUCGCUCUCUCUCGCUCUCACACUCGCUCAUCUCUCCCUCAUACCCUCUCGCCCUUACUCUCUCUCCGACUCUCUGUCUCUUAUACACACAUAUUUUAGCUGUCAUAAUUUUUCACGCCCAUAAUCGCCCUGAUCCCGAAUAA